GCAGCUUCAGGCCACACCCUUUCUUGGCAUAAACGGAAGACUAGUUUUGUCUCAACCCCAUAGUUGCCACUGUUUCUGUUGAGGGGGGAAAAAAUUAUGAGCGCGUCGGAGAAUGGCGGAGUCCAGCGCGCUUGAAGAGCUGCAGUCGGAGCUCACCUGCCCGGUGUGUCUGGAGCUGUUCAGAGACCCGGUGAUCCUGGAGUGCGGUCACCACUUCUGCCAGGUGUGCAUCAUCCAGUGCUGGGAAGCGAAGGCGGACGAGCUCUCCAGCUGUCCAAAGUGUAGAAAGACUUGCGCUCGCAAACUGCGGCCCAACUCUCUGCUGUGUAACGUGGUGGACAGUGUGCGCAGAGCGCGCGCCAUGGACGCGGCCGCGGGGACGCCCGGGUGGGAUCCCGUGGGGCCCCUGGAGAUGCCCGAGGAACGAGAACCCGGUUCCAGUAUGGGCAGCGUGGCCUCCUCUAUCGGACACUGGCCUCAUACGGUUCUGGAUAUGUGUGAGGAACAUGAGGAGAAGCUCAAGCUGUACUGUGAGGACGACCAGCUGCCCAUCUGCCUGGUGUGCGGGAUGUCCCGGGACCAUAAAACCCACAAUGUCAUCCCGAUCACUGAGGCCUUUGAAAACUACAGGGAGAAGCUGGUUGUAGCUUUGGGAAGAAUUCAGCUUCAAUCAGAGGAGGCAACGCUUUUCCAGAAUCAAACCAAUGAAAAGAUCCUGCUCAUUAAGGGGCGAGCAGGAGACCUGGAGGAGCUGGUUACUGCUGAGUUUGGCCGUCUGAGGGAGUUCCUGCUUGAGGAAGAGGAGAACAUUAAGAAGAAGCUGCAGAAGGAGAAAGAAGAGAAGCUGAAUCAGCUGGAGGAGGCGCUGACCCACACCACCGAGCAAAUCAGCCAACUGGAAAGCACAGCAGAACAACUUCGCCUUAAACUGAGAGAAGAAGAAAAUCCAGAACAACUCAAGGGAAUCAAAGAUUUCAUCGGAGGAGCUGCGGGUUUGUUUGAGCGCCCCCCAGAGGUCAGUGUGGACCUGAAAGCAGGAGAGUAUCUGGGACCCUUGCAGUACAGGACCUGGAGGAAAAUGAGCACCAUUUUUCGGCCGGCUGUCUCAGCAGUGACUCUUGACCCGAACACAGCCUAUCCCUGCUUGUGGGUGUCUCCAUGUCACACCAGUGUCCAGGUGGGGAAAAUCCAAGCCAACCUUCCCAACAAUCCAGAGCGUUUUACCCGGUACAACAUCGUGCUUGGCUCUGAGGCGUAUUCUUCAGGCAGACAUUACUGGGAGGUGGAGGUAGGCUGCAAGAAAGCAUGGGGUCUGGGCGUAGCAAGAACCUCUGUCAACAGAAAGGAGGAGAUCAGCCUUUGUCCGGAUGAUGGAUUCUGGACCAUGGUGUGCAGGUACAAAAGCGAUGGCACCAGCGAAUACGAAGCGUGCACUGAUGCAGAUGACACCCUGAUAUUUCCCUCCAAACCUCCCAAGAGAGUGGGUGUCUUUCUGGACUAUGGACGUGGCGAGGUGUCUUUUUAUGAUGCUACAGAUAUGAGCCAUCUCUUUACCUUCUACAAUGCAAACUUUAAAGAACCCGUCUUCCCUUACUUUAAUCCCUGGCCUAUCAUCAAUGGACAGAACAGAGAGCCGCUCACCAUCGUAACGCCACACUGGGAGUAGAUGCCGUUUUGCAGAAGAUUCUAGCUACACACUAUUAUGGAAUCAUCAGCUAAUUAUCAUGGAGAUAAAACCAGAGACGAACACCAUAAAUGACACUUUAGGACCUCACAGCCUCAUGCAAAGAUCUAAUUUAAGAUGUUUGCCUACAAAAUGUGCAGCUAAACCUUGAUCUGUUCCAUUCAUGUACUCUUCAGAUUUAUGUUUGUUUGGCUAAUUUAGCAUGGCAUCAGUCCAGACACUUUACAAUUCUCAGUUGGUUUUACGAACUCUCAACACAAAACUUAAAUUAGCAAAUAGUUUGACAAAUUGUAUGCAUCUUACACAAUGUACAUAGUUUCCAUUCAGUACAUGCCUUUAGGUUUAUUUUUACUCUCUGUGUGUUUGCUGCGUCUAUAAACUGUUUUUGUAACAUACCAACAUGCAAGGGAAAGCUGUUCCUGACUGUUAUUACAAUAUCUGGUUUCUGUAAUGUACAGUUUUCCUGUUAUGGUCCCCACAUAGAUCCUCCCUCAUUUAGAAAACAUGCAGGCAUCUCAGAACAAAGUGGAUUAUAAACUUCACCUGCACACGCAAAUCAAUGAAACACACAGCUGACACAAUUUAUCAAUUUAAAUAAACCCCUCAAACAGGA